AUGUCGUUGAAGCAAGAGAUAGAGACGUGGGUGUUGGCCCUAGACGCCUACGACAACCAAGACUUUGAUGAAUCUUUACGGCAAUUCGACCAGAUUGCAGAUACUUCAAAGAUUCUUUUCAAUUGCGGAGUGAUCUAUGCCACGCUAGGCGAGCAUGAGAGAGCAGUGGACUGUUAUCAAAGAGCUGUCGGGCUCGACCGGUAUCUGGCCAUUGCCUACUUCCAACAAGGUGUAUCAAACUUCCUCCUGGGCGAUUUUGAAGAAGCGUUGGCCAACUUCAAUGACACGCUCCUGUAUCUACGCGGAAAUACAUCCAUCGACUACGAGCAGCUGGGCCUCAACUUUCGCCUCUAUUCCUGCGAAGUUUUAUUCAAUCGCGGGUUAUGUUACGUCUACCUGCAGCAGAUGACCCCGGGCAUGCAAGAUCUCUCGUUCGCAGCGAAGGAGAAGGUCACGCCCGAUCAUGAUGUGAUCGACGAUGCGAUACGCGAGAAUGCAGAUGGAUACACGGUCUUUUCUAUCCCAGUGGGCGUCUUGUAUCGACCCAAUGCUGCCAAAGUGAAGAAUCUCAAGUCCAAAGACUAUCUCGGUAAAGCUCGAUUGGUGGCUGCGUCAGAUCGGUCACAAGGUGCCGAUCACCAAUGGCGGCCGAUGGUCGUCGACAAAGGCGCACUUGAAGAUCGUGAAGGCGUCUCUUGGGCUGCCACUAAUCUCGUUCACAAGGGCCUGUCCAGCCGAACUCGGCAGCAAUCUGAACCUCCCCUCACACGAAACCUCUUUCCUCCCACCCCUCCGCCAGAUGACCGGGCCACCAGCAAUGGCUCUGUCACGGGCUCCUCCCAUCAUCGCUCUGCCUCUCUUCGAGCUGGCCGACCAGCCCGUCUUGAUCUUGAACGCACGGGAGCCAGUCUCGACCGUCGAGCUCCAAACCAAAGCACUGUUCCCAACCCUGAAAAGCCCCGCCUGGGGACUACACGCACUGCCUCUGAGCCUCGGGGGCCUGCGGUGCGAUCUCUAGCCGCACGUAGUACCGGGGAAUCCAGUCGCAACGCUUGGUCUCAAGGCCAUCGCAGGAACCUCAGUGAGACCCACCAGAAUUCAAAUGAGACCGCUGAUUUUGGCGACCAAAGUCAACAAACCUACCUGGACGACCAGUCCUACACCAGUCCCACAACCGUCUCCAGCGCGGGUUGGGGUCGGGGGCGGCCCCACCCACCUGCCUUCAUUGACGAAGCAGACGAAUAUGCUCAUGAGGAGAGCGAUGUGCAGCACGUCCAAGACACAUCCUUUGAUUUCCGUGACACUGGUGUCGGAGGUACAGGCUCAUCGAGCUUUCGUGGCCCUCAACAGCGUCGCACACAAUCACCAGCACGACACUCGCGAAGGGCAAACUCACGGCGACCCGAGGUGCGGCGAUUCCGGACCAAAGUUCAUGCACCGGAUGAUAUUCGGUAUAUUAUGAUCGGGCCCACGGUCGACUUUGCGGAGUUCGAGACGAGAAUCCGAGAGAAAUUUGGGUUCCAAAGUCCCUUGAGGCUAAGAGUGCAGGAUGACGGUGAUAUGAUCACCAUGGUAGAUCAAGAGGAUCUAGAUCUCCUGCUGGCCAGUGCGAGAGAGAUUGCCCGGAGAGAGGGUAGUGAGAUGGGCAAGAUGGAGGUUUGGGUUGAAGAACGUGCGAUGAUUUAA